GUUUAAAGUAACGCUAGACAUGAAAUGUGUCUGUGAAUAAAAACAUGGAGUCCGGAACUGCUGCUAAACGUGCAAAAUGCUGAACUGACCAGUGGACGAGAACAACGACAAAGAGAUCGCACGGGAAGGGAGAUCGAAAGCGCCGAAAGCAAAAGGAAGCGUAGCGACUAUCAGUAGCAGCGCGCAAUGAGUGAGCUGAGAAUCGGAGUGCUGGGAGCCGGUGUGGUGGGUCUGACGACGGCACUGCAAUUGCAGGAAACCUUCCGCCAGGCAAAGGUCGACGUCAUCGCCGAUAAAUUUAACACCGAUACGACCAGCUACGUUGCCGCCGGCAUUUUCCGCCCGGGCACCAGUUUCUGUGGGCCUGAUGACGCCACGACAAGCAAGUGGGUCAACGAUUCCUAUUCCUACUGGGAUGAGCUGCGCGGAGGUCGCGAGGCUGCCAACGCCGGAAUCACGCAUCUUUCCGGUUAUAUAUUUUCCAGCAAGUCGGCAAACAUUGUUCGAAAUCAUCUAAUUGAGCAUCUCGUACCUUUGUACCGGCGCGCCACUGAAGCCGAACUCCGCAUUUGUCCCGGCGACUGGAAAUAUGGCUCAUUCUUCACGACCAUCCUCACCGAGACCGCAAGAUUCCUUCCAUGGGCGACGGAGCGAUUCAAGCAAAACGCUGGUCGCUUGGUCAAGAAAGAAAUUGCGUCGUUUCGAGAUCUGCACGGAGGAGCGUACGAUGUCGUCGUGAAUUGCGCUGGCCUUGGUGCUAAGCAGCUCUGCAAUGAUCAUAAACUUGUGCCAAUUCGAGGUCAAGUCAUAAAGGUGAAAGCCAAUUGGUUGAAAACUUUCUUCUAUGGCGACUAUGACACCUACGUGAUCCCCGGUUUCAAUUCCGUCACCUUAGGUGGCUGCCGGAAUUACGACUCGUAUGACACCACUGUCAGCAAAUACGACAGUUUGGCGAUUCGCGAACGCUGCGAAGCGUUAGUCCCGAGUCUGAAAACAGCUCCCGCUGUCGCUGAAUACGUCGGAUUAAGACCCCAUCGUGAUCCGGUGCGUGUCGAGCGUGAAACCUUGCGAUGUGAGGGUCAAUCGAUGAAAGUGGUGCACAAUUACGGCCACGGUGGCUAUGGAGUUACCACCGCUCCCGGGACAGCCAAGCACGCUGUUCGACUUGUAGUCGAAGCCCUCUCUGGCAGCAGCAAAUUGUAAUAUCCGCCGGUUAACGUAACAUAUAUAUUUUCUCAUAGAUGCUUAUAACAUGAUUUUUGAUUCGAUUAAAUAAGUACGAUUUGUUAAGAAACAUA